AUGAAUACACCAACCAAUCCCUUGAAAUUAGUCAUCGAUACUGAUCCUGGUAUUGACGAUUGCCAUGCAAUAAUGAUGGCUCUAUCACAUCCAAAUGUUCAAAUCCUUGGUAUCAGUAUCGUUACAGGAAAUACAUCGUUAGUCAAUGGUAUCCGUAAUGUUCAUUAUCUCUUACAUGCAUUCAAUCGAACGGAUAUUCCAGUUUUUCGUGGUGCUGAUCGUGCAAUCGAUGGCCGACAAAAGUAUGCACCACACGUGCAUGGUGAAGAUGGUUUUGGUAAUGCUGUUGGAGACAAACAUAUCGAUAUAGAUCUACUGAGUGCAGAGCCAGCUGCCGUUGCGUUAACACGUCUCGCUCGAGAAAAUAAAGGGGAGCUCGUUGUUGCUGCUAUUGGACCAUUAACAAACAUCUUUCUUGCACAUCGACUGGAUCCGGAUUUCAAUCGAAAUUUGAAAACGCUUUAUAUCAUGGGUGGCAAUUGUACAGUGCCAAAAUUUCAGACACUGUCAAUUGGUAUCGAAUUCAACUUUGCUGCUGAUCCGUUAGCUGCUUCACGAGUUUUAGAAGAAUUUCAAACUAAAAUGCGAAUUAUUACAUUCGAAUUAACCUGUAUGUCAACAAUACCAUUCGAAAAACUGGAAACAGACUUCCUUCGUAAAAAACACACGACUAGAACUCGUCUCUUCAUCGAGAUAUCUCAAUUUUUAAUUGAUUUCGCUAAAACCAUCGAAAACGAUCCUGAACUUUUCACGGGCCUCAAUUCGUGCGAUGCUGUUUGUAUGGCUUGUGUACUAGACGAAUCAAUAAUUAAGGAAGUAAAACAUGUCUAUGCGUGCGUUGAACCAUUUGGUGCAGUAGCAUCUGGUCAUAUGAUAUCGGAUUGUUUGCCCUUCUGUUCUGUCGAAGUUAGAUAUAAUAUAUCCAACGAAAAAAAAACAAAACAAGACGAAGAUAUCAUCUUGGAAGAGGGAGCAACACUAGCAUUUAUCAAUUUCAUACGGAAAUAUCUAUUCAUGCAUCUUCAUAUCUUUUUAUUCUUCCUAAUUAUUCUACAUUGUCAAUCAAAUGAUUUCUUUUCCAAAUUACCUAUGGGCGCAAGUUCGUCGAAUGGUGGAACACUUAAUCAAUGCGUUGAAAUGAGUAGUACACGGCCAUGUGCAUCAAUGCCAUGGAAUAUGACAAUAUUUCCCAAUCUUCUUGGACAUACGCGAGCAGAAGAGGCUGAUUAUGAUAUGGCAUUUUUUCUUCCAUUAUUCAAUGUCAAUUGUUCUAAAUCUUUGAAGUAUUUCAUUUGCAGUGUUUACACGCCUAUCUGUGCACCAUUACCGACCUUGAGCGCACUUAAACCGUGCCGAAACCUAUGUGAAGAAGCACGUCGUGGUUGUGAAUCUAUUAUGAAACAAUUCGGAUACUCUUGGCCUCAAGCACUUCGUUGUCCUCAAUAUCCGACUGAACAGCCGUGUUUUGAAGCACCGAAAGAUCAAAAUCAACAAAUAAUAUCAUCUCGAGAUGACUUCUAUACAGAUGAUUCAUGUACCAAAGAAUUUCGUACGACACAACCCGAGUUAAAAUAUAAACUUGAUAACGAUCUCAAUUGUGCAAUGCCCUGCAAUCGUAGUUUAUUUACAACUGAUCAAGUCUAUUUGGUACGUCAUUAUGUUGGUGUAUUAGCUAUUCUAUGUUUACUAUCAACUUUAUUCACCAUCAUAACAUAUUCUAUUGAUUUAUCACGUUUUCGUUAUCCUGAACGACCGAUCUUAUUUUUGUCGAUCUGUUACUUCAUAGUCGCAUGUGCCUAUGUUGGCGGUUUCGUUGAUUAUUUCUAUGGUUCGAAUAUUGUUUGUAAUACCGAAGAAUUCUCCUACACUGGCCAAACGCGAUUUCUUGUGCAAGGUACACAUAAUAAAUUGUGUGUAUUAACAUUUUUAUUGAUCUACUAUUUUGGUAUGGCAUCAAUGAUUUGGUGGGUUAUUUUAACAUUAACAUGGUUUCUUGCAGCCGGCUUGAAGUGGGGUCAUGAAGCCAUCGAAUCUCAAUCGGUUUAUUUUCAUUUAGCAUCAUGGGGUAUACCAGCAUGUUUAAGUGUUGCACUAAUCAGUAAACGUUCAAUGGAUGGUGAUUAUUUAACAGGCGUUUGUUAUACAGGCUUAAACGAUCCUAAUGUUCAACGUGGUUUUAUCCUCGUGCCCAUCUGUAUAUUUCUAUGUGUUGGUUUAUGCUUUCUUCUGAGUGGUUUUAUAUCUGUAUUUAAAAUUCGUACAGUUAUGAAACACGAAGGAACAAAGACCGAUAAACUCGAGCGUUUCAUGGUUCGCAUUGGAACGUUCAGUGUUGUUUAUAUAAUUCCUCAAGUCAUCUUGAUUAUCUGUUUAUUUUAUGAACAAAAGAACUAUCUGAAUUGGUUACAAACAUGGAAAGUGGAACAAAAGUUUUGCACGAAUAUUCGAGAUUGUCAAAUCAAUGAUAAUCAAAAACUUCGUCCACGCUAUGAAAUAUUCAUGAUAAAAUAUACUUGCAUGUUAGCAAUUGGCAUUAUUUCUUCGGGCUGGGUAUUAAAUAGCAAAACGAUCGCGUCAUGGAGUAAAUUCUUUUCACGACGACGACGAAGUUCAGGUUCAGAACUUUUGUAA